CUCUCCCUCGCUCACUCCUCAGUGCAGGAGUGAUGUGAAGCAGGACAAGCUCGGGCUGCAGCUGCCGCUGGCUUUGUGUGGACUGGACUCAGCGCUUGGGAGAAGGGGGAGGGCUGAUACUCCACAGUCAAUGGAAUUACAGCGAUAACGGCAGUGUAUAUAGGAUUGCCUUUUCUCAUCUUCCUGGAGAUGCUCAGUCCCAGUAUAUUUUAAGGAAGAGAAAAAUAAAAGAAAUUUACUAUGCUUCCUUUUUGCUCCAUGAAGAAUAUUUGAAUUGUUUCCUUUGCCUCUAAAAGGAGAAGUCUUGCUCUUAUGUGACGUGACUGCACCAGAAACUGAGAAAGCUACAGAAGCGAAAGCUGGAAAUAGUUAUUUCACAGCAGGUAAUCAUACCUCAGGAUGUAGCUACUGUACAAAGCUUAUACUUGGAUAAUCCUGGAUGGGAAUAAAGGUAGGGAGUAACUGACUGAAAACAAAACAAAACAAAACAAAACAAAAAAACGAUUACUAUACAGGCCUUAGCAUCAUGAAUGACUUUCUUCAUGAGGAUCUGACGUUACUAUCUCUGACCACAUCACCCAGAAGAGCCAGUAAGAAUUUCAAACAGGGUGAUUUCCACUAAGGGGAUUAAGCUACACAAAAGGAACACAGAAACUAUCAGAAAGGAAAACAAAAAAACAAAAACAAACAAAACAUAGGAAGCCAUGUGUCCUACAUGGUAACAGGAAGCUGAAUUGUUUCUGGCCCCCUCUUUAAUGAGCUUGCCCACCAUACUGAACCACAGCUGCAAUGUUCAUUGACAACAGUGAAUAAACAGUGAAGAGCGUUUCCAAGGACCAAAGGAGAGUUUACAACUCCCAGCCCCUCACCAGGAACAUAAUAUAUGUGCAUUGGACUUUCACCCACGCAAAAUUUACUCAUCCUUCAAUAAGGGCUCUGAACUGACAGAAGCUACCUUGUGUUAAAGACCUCAACACUUUGACCAUGAUCAGCCCAGCCUGGAGCAUCUUCCUCCUAGGGACUAAAAUUGGACUGCUCCUUGAAGUGGCACCUCUAUCAGCUACAGCUAAAUCCUGCCCAUCUGUGUGUCGAUGUGAUGCGGGUUUCAUUUACUGUAAUGAUCGCUUCCUGACAUCCAUUCCAACAGGAAUACCAGAGGAUGCUACAACUCUGUACCUUCAGAACAACCAAAUAAAUAACGCUGGGAUUCCUUCAGAUCUGAAAAACUUGUUAAAAGUAGAAAGAAUAUACCUAUACCAUAACAGUUUAGAUGAAUUUCCUACCAACCUCCCAAAGUAUGUCAAAGAGUUACACUUACAAGAAAAUAACAUUAGAACUAUCACUUAUGAUUCGCUUUCAAAAAUUCCGUAUCUGGAGGAAUUACACUUAGAUGAUAACUCUGUCUCUGCUGUUAGCAUCGAAGAGGGAGCAUUCCGAGACAGCAACUAUCUCCGUCUGCUUUUCCUGUCUCGGAACCAUCUUAGCACAAUUCCCUGGGGCUUGCCCCGGACUAUUGAAGAACUACGGCUGGAUGAUAAUCGCAUAUCCACUAUUUCGUCACCAUCUCUUCAAGGUCUCACUAGCCUAAAACGCCUGGUUUUAGAUGGAAACCUGUUGAACAACCAUGGUUUAGGUGACAAAGUUUUCUUCAACCUUGUUAACUUAACUGAACUAUCACUGGUGCGAAACUCCUUGACUGCUGCACCAGUUAACCUUCCAGGCACAAACCUGAGGAAGCUUUACCUCCAAGAUAACCACAUCAACCGGGUGCCCCCGAAUGCUUUUUCUUAUCUAAGGCAGCUCUAUAGACUUGACAUGUCAAAUAAUAACCUAAGUAAUUUACCUCAGGGUAUCUUUGAUGAUUUGGACAAUAUAACCCAGCUGAUUCUUCGUAACAAUCCCUGGUAUUGUGGGUGCAAGAUGAAAUGGGUCCGUGACUGGUUACAGUCGUUACCAGUGAAAGUCAAUGUGCGCGGGCUCAUGUGCCAAGCUCCAGAAAAAGUCCGUGGGAUGGCUAUCAAGGACCUCAAUGCGGAACUGUUUGACUGUAAGGACAGUGGGAUUGUGAGUACCAUUCAGAUAACCACUGCAAUACCUAACACAGUGUAUCCAGCUCAAGGACAGUGGCCAGCUCCAGUGACCAAACAAGCGGAUGCUAAGAAUCCCAAGCUUCCUAAGGAUCAGCGAACUACAGGGAGUCCCUCAAGAAAAACGAUUACAAUUACUGUGAAGUCAGUCACCCCUGACACAAUUCAUAUCUCUUGGAAACUUGCUCUACCUAUGACUGCUUUAAGACUCAGCUGGCUUAAACUGGGUCACAGCCCAGCAUUUGGAUCUAUAACUGAAACAAUUGUAACAGGUGAACGCAGUGAAUAUUUGGUCACGGCCUUGGAGCCUGAUUCGCCAUAUAGAGUAUGCAUGGUUCCCAUGGAAACCAGUAACCUCUACCUAUUUGAUGAAACUCCUGUUUGCAUUGAGACAGAAACAGCACCCCUUCGAAUGUACAACCCUACAACCACCCUCAAUCGAGAGCAAGAGAAAGAACCUUACAAAAACCCCAAUUUACCUUUGGCUGCCAUCAUUGGAGGAGCCGUGGCCCUGGUGACCAUUGCCCUUCUCGCUUUAGUGUGUUGGUAUGUCCAUAGGAAUGGAUUGCUGUUCUCAAGGAACUGUGCAUACAGCAAGGGGAGGAGAAGAAAGGAUGACUAUGCAGAGGCAGGCACGAAGAAGGACAACUCUAUCCUGGAGAUCAGGGAGACUUCUUUUCAGAUGUUACCCAUAAGCAAUGAACCCAUCUCAAAGGAGGAGUUUGUAAUACACACCAUAUUUCCUCCUAACGGAAUGAAUCUGUACAAAAACAAUCACAGUGAAAGCAGUAGUAACCGAAGCUACAGAGACAGUGGUAUUCCAGACUCCGAUCACUCACACUCAUGAUGCUGGAGAUUUCACGGCAGACUGUGCUUCAGGGUUUUAAAACCUAAGUGAUGUGCUGGUAGGGACCCUGUUCUACUGCAAAACACUGGAAAAAUGGACUGGAAAAAAAAAGCAAUGUACUGUACAUUUGCCAUA